UGCGGGCGGGACGGAAGGCGCAGGAAGCGGCCUUGCUGGUCCUGCGAGCUGCAGCGGGCGGCUCUCCUCGGAGGAGGCAUUCCCACUUUCUGGGCCAGGAGCCAGUUGGACUUCAGGAAACAUGGGUCCAAUGGGAGAAAAGAUGGAGGAGAACCAGACAGAGGAGGAAGUGAAGGUGGAGUGGUCCUGGCCUGGUCAUACCACACCACGGGAUGAGCUGGCCUCUAGACCCGAGCCGGAGCUAAUAGACAGCACAAAGCUGAUUGAAGUGCAGAUUGUCCUCAUCUUGGCUUAUUGUUCCAUCAUUUUGCUGGGGGUGAUCGGGAAUUCUCUGGUGAUCCAUGUGGUGAUCAAGUUCAAGAGCAUGCGUACCGUCACCAACUUCUUCAUUGCCAACUUGGCCUUGGCUGACCUCCUAGUGAAUACCCUCUGCUUGCCCUUUACGCUCGCUUACACCCUGAUGGGGGAGUGGAGAAUGGGCCCUGUGCUGUGCCACCUGGUGCCGUAUGCCCAAGGUCUGGCCGUGCAAGUAUCAACAAUCACCUUGACGGUGAUAGCCUUGGACCGUCACCGCUGCAUUAUCUAUCAUCUGGAGAGCAAGAUCUCCAAACGGAUCAGUUUCCUGAUCAUUGGCUUGGCCUGGGCGGUCAGCGCGCUCCUCGCUAGCCCCCUGGCCAUCUUCCGGGAGUACUCCCUGAUCGAGAUCAUCCCUGACUUCAAGAUCGUGGCCUGCACUGAGAAGUGGCCGGGAAAGGGGAAGACCUUUUACAGUACGGUGUACAGCCUCUCCUCCUUGCUGAUCCAGUACAUCUUGCCACUGGGCAUCAUCUCCUUUGCCUAUACCCGCAUCUGGAGCAAACUGAAGAAUCACAUCAGCCCCGGGGGAGCCAAUGACCAGUACCACCGGCGGCGGCAAAAAACGACGAAGAUGCUGGUGUGUGUGGUGGUGGUGUUUGCAGUCAGUUGGCUGCCUCUUCAUGCGUUCCAGCUGGCCGUCGACAUUGACAGCCAAGUCGGUUACCUGAAGGAGUACAAACUGAUCUUCACGGUCUUUCACAUCAUUGCCAUGUGCUCCACCUUUGCCAACCCCCUGCUCUACGGAUGGAUGAACAACAACUACAGGACGGCCUUCCUCUCAGCUUUCCAGUGUGAACAGAGACUGGACUCCAUCCACUCUGAGGUGUCUGUGACAUUCAAAGCCAAGAACCACCUAGAAGUGAAAAAGAACCCAAGCACUAAUGACUCUUUUACAGAGCCUACCGAUGUUUAAAGAAUUCAGUGUUGGAAAAAAACAAGGCCAGACUCUCAGAAGAGGUAUAAAUCAAGUUUUACAGAAAUACUUAGGUGCAUCCUAUUUUCCUGGUACAUAGAAGAAAACCAGCACUCAAGCUAAAGGGUCUGCUCUGGAAGGAGAGUCAACAUUAGCAUGAAACUUUAAAAAUCCAAUGAAUUAUUUCUUAAAAUUCUGUUUACAGUUGUCUGGAUUGCAGAAGGAAAGAUGAGCAUAAGCAGAGGAAGAUACUUCCAGGACCCUACCUGGAGGGAUGAAGGAAAUGGAAGGUGACAUUGUUAGCAUUGCAAAAGGAAACAGGAAAAUCAGGAAUUUACCUUGGUACUCUGAGAACACAGGGGGCUAUAACUGGGACAUGGAAAUAUAACCCACCCAUUGCGCCUCUUCUCAUCAGCCACCUCUUCCAAACACUGAUUUCUCUAAGGAACAACAUGUGACCCUUGUUUAAGUGGUCUUUGUAGUUGUUUUUGCUCCCUAUGAGCUAAUGUCAAGGGUAAAACCUGACAAAAAAUACUGUCAGGAAUUUUUAAGCUUUCUCUAUAAAUUGUCAUCUGAUUUCUGGGGGAAAAAAUUCCUUAGGAUUUAGUGGCAAAGUAUCUUUGAAACUGGGGAGAACAAGAUGAGGAUUAGGGGUUAUUUUCUGAAUUUUGAGAAUACAUGGUCUUGUCUGCAUGGAGUACUGACAGUCCUGUCUUGAAACAAAAAAAGAAAGAAAAAUCCCGAAGCGUCUCGUUUCUUCAUUGUGCAAGCACUCAGUUUUGUUUUCAAGUGGACAAAAGGAGAUUUGUAACUAAUUGUUUUUGUAGUCACGUAUGCAGAUCAGUGGAGAGCUGUUUUGAUUGAUCCUGGGUAGUCAGACAUUUGCGGGGUUACCAACAGGAUUUUACUCUUGUGUGUGUCUCCUGUUUGGUCUAGGAUU